UUUUGAUAUAAGGUGCACCUGAGGAAAAUAUGAGGAGUAGGGGAAACUUUCAGGUGACAUGGCUUGUUUUAUUCACUGUUGUUUACUUGUCCUGUGACUCCAAGGAGCAAGAAACGUUGACAGUGUUUCCUUCUCCUUCAAUUUACCUUACCAACACUUCAAAUGGAUCUGUUUUCCUUGGAAACAUAACAAUUCCAGCAGAGAACGUGACAAUGAAUGCAAGUGUUAGUAUUAAUCCAAACCGAUCCAGUGCGGCAGUAAUGAACACGAGCGCUUCCAUAAUCAGUAAGAUAACGGGAACCACAAAGACCGAAAACAAUACCUUCUUUGUGGAGUUCAAAACAGGAGCGUUGGAAUGGAGUCCCGAUCUUACCAAGGAAAAUCACAAUAACUUCAUCAACAGUGCCAAUGAAAUUGUUCAAAUAAUUGACAGCAUAUAUAAGAAUGCAAACAUGUCGUCUAGUUUCGAUGGCAGCCGCGUUAUUGGCUUCAGGGAAGGCGGGUAUGUAUCGGUAAAGCUACAGUUCAAUGAAGGUGACAUUAACAACCUGGAUGUCAUUAUUCAAUUCUUACGAGAAGGAGGAGGGGACUUGUUGACGGACAAAGUUUAUCUUAAGCUUGGAAAAAUUGCCGACUGUAUCACAUCCUAUGUGGACACCUCAUUAUGUGACUGCUUGUCCAUGAGUUACAAGCGUCGAUUGACAUGUCGUCAGCCAGAGAUACAUGGCGGUGAGGACUGCCCUGAGCGAUGCUAUACUGGCCACCUGAUCGCCGGCUACAAGUCUUGUACUUGGGACGAUUUAGACGCGUUUAAAUGUGCUGCCAGUAAAACAAAGGCCACUUAUAUUAUUAUGUCGUUCGUAUUACCGCUUUAUUCGGUAACUUUUGUCAACUGAUAUAAUGAACUUGGAAAUUAGUGUUAAGACCGAUGGAUGAUGUUGACGCCGUAGUAAAGAAAAACAGACUUAAGAGGAAAGCCUCUAAACAUUCUUUUACAACACGAUGGGCCAAACGGGCGUAUCUCGAAUGUUGAUUUAAAUUUGAUCUCAAAUAGUAUUUCGUGGCGAGGAUUUUGCCAAAACGAUAUAGAAUGAAAACUAUAAUCAUGACUGUUAAAUUUCACAGAGGCAAUUUGCCACAUACGGCAUUUACUUCACCAAGUUUCGUUUUGUCAGUGAACACCGGUUUUAGUUUUCUCGAUAAUGGCGAAUGCUCUCCAGAAUUGGUAAUUCAAACAAUAUUGGUUUGCUUUGAAGUUCCUGUUUGGUACUA